ACUAUAAAUAGGAGUAGAGGGCGUCCAUUGUCUACAGCGCAGAGUCACUGCCUGGACAAACACACUGGAACAGUAUGGCGUCGACAAGCCGUGGAGACUCUCUUCCUAAGGUGCAGUGCCCAAAUCACCCCGAUGCACUGCUGGUGGAGGACUACAGGGCAGGAGACAUGAUCUGUCCUGAGUGUGGCCUUGUAGUAGGUGACCGUGUGAUAGAUGUAGGGUCUGAGUGGAGAACAUUCACCAAUGAGAAAGCAACUAAUGACCCUUCUCGUGUUGGUGACGCUCAAAACCCUCUCCUCAAUGGAGGAGACCUCACCACAAUGAUCAGCAAAGGAACCGGUGCAGCGAGUUUUGAUGAGUUUGGAAAUUCCAAGUACCAGAAUCGUAGAACCAUGAGCAGCUCCGAUCGAGCCAUGCUGAAUGCCUUUAAAGAGAUCAGCACUAUGGCUGACAGGAUCAACCUCCCCAGAAACAUCAUAGACCGAACAAACAAUUUGUUUAAACAAGUUUACGAACAGAAGAGUCUAAAAGGCAGAAGUAACGAUGCCAUAGCUUCAGCCUGCCUCUACAUAGCGUGCAGACAGGAGGGGGUCCCAAGAACAUUUAAAGAAAUCUGUGCCGUCUCUCGCAUCUCAAAAAAGGAGAUUGGUCGUUGCUUCAAACUGAUCCUGAAGGCUCUAGAGACAAGCGUGGACCUCAUUACAACCGGAGACUUCAUGUCACGUUUCUGCUCCAACUUGGGCUUGCCCAAACAGGUGCAGAUGGCGGCCACCUACAUUGCCAGGAAGGCCGUGGAACUGGAUUUGGUUCCAGGCCGCAGUCCUAUCUCAGUGGCAGCUGCAGCUAUUUACAUGGCCUCUCAAGCAUCUGCUGAGAAAAAGACACAGAAGGAAAUUGGGGACAUUGCUGGAGUGGCAGAUGUCACCAUCCGACAGUCAUACCGCCUCAUCUACCCCCGUGCUGCAGAUCUCUUUCCUCCAGACUUCAAAUUUGACACACCAGUGGAUAAACUGCCUCAACUGUGAACACCCGUGUGCCCAACAGUCAUUGCUUUUUGUACUUUUAGAAUUUUCAGCCUUUUCUCUUUUGAAAUUUACAAGGUUUGCUCUCACAAUCCUUUUGAAAGACAAUGGCAGGGAUUCUACAAAGUACAGAAGACACAUUCCAAGGUUUAACACAGAUUCUGGGCUGUACUUUCAUCUGUGUAUAUAUAAAUUGUACAUAUGUCUAAGGGAGAAUUUGAUUGGUGGUUUCAACUAGGCAUAUUUCUUACUGUAAACAUUUUCUUUUGUAGGAAAGAGUGUUAGCUUGUUUGCAUUAUAUUUAGUAAUUUAAAUAAAUGCUUUUCAGAAAAGCAUUUUGAACAUCUUGGAAAUCCCCAAAACAGGUUUACAAAAAUCUUGAGCUUUGAAUAAGCAUAAAGCAUAAAUGGUUUUAUUAUUUCCCCCCACCCCCCUUUUUUUAUUUCACGAGAGAUGUGGGAUGAAACAGAACUUUUGUUUGUGUGUUUGUUCCUGUAUUCACAGCACGGUUGUUAUAAAAGCUUUCAUCAAA